AUGCUGCAAAAUCUGCACAAGAAAAUAGAAAGCCAAAAAGAGGCGAAAAAAUCUUCGACUGCAAUUGAAGAACUUAUUUUCCAAGUCAAAGAGUGCAACAACAUUGUGCGGAUGGCGCGGCUGCGGGGCCCGCGGGCGGACGUGACGGACGACUUGUACCAAAUAGAGCAAUUGUUGGACAAGAUUUUGGAGAUGCUGACGACUUCGGGCAAUUUGUACUCCGUGAGAUUCACAGAUGCGGCGAAACAAGAUGAAGUGCAGCGGCAGUUUAUUGAACUUUACAAUUCUCCGGAAAAACUCCAAAAAGAUUCGGCAGAAAAGAAAUACAGAAGCAGCAGCAAAUCGGUGCUGCGGCAGUACACAGCAAGACACCCAGAAGCAGCAGCAGCAGCAGCAGCAGCAGCAGCAGCAGCAGCAAAACGCACCGAGACUUCCGCCUUCGGCAGCGCCCGCUCUGUUUCCGGGCCUGUUGUUGGAUUGGAGCUGAACCCGCAGACGCUGCCGACCGCGGCCUUGGAGCCUCUGAGCAGCAGCAGCAGCAGCAGCAGCAGCAGCAGCAGCCUGCAGCUGCUGCUGCCGGCGCCGCAGCAAACUGCAAAGCUGGCGGCCUUUCUGGGAGUGGACUGGGCCUUCGAUGUGCUCAAAGCUGCGGAAGAGUCCGAAGAAAUACUUUUGGAAGUUGGGUUUUGUUUGUUGGCGCCGCUGUGUGUGGGGUGGGGGUGUACAGACACCGCGCUGGCGGCCUUUUUGAACGCCAUUCAAAUUCAGUAUUUGAAAAACCCUUAUCACAACAAAACGCAUGCAGCAACUGUGGCGCACUUGGCCCACUGCCUCGUCAACAUGCUCGACCUCCAGCCCUCGUGA